AUGACUUCCAUGGCGCGCGCAACAUCUCUUGAUCACCUGGUGCUGACUGUCCAGGAUCUGGACGCCACCAUUAAAUUCUACGAAGGCGUUCUUGGCAUGCGACACACCUCUUUUACGUCGCCCACGGCGCCGUCGGUUACGAGGCACGCACUCAAGUUUGGAGUGCAGAAAAUCAAUCUGCAUGUCAGUGGACACGAAUUCGAACCAAAGGCGGGGACCGUCCAGCCAGGCAGUGGAGAUCUUUGCUUCCUUGUUGAGGACAAUGUGGACGACAUCCUUGAGCGUCUCAAUGCUGGCGGGGUCAAGGUUCUCGAGGGAGGGCAUGUGGUCGAAAGGACGGGUGCGCAGGGUCGGCUACGAAGCGUCUACAUUCGUGACCCUGAUGGCAAUCUCAUUGAGUAA